CGCCACACGGCACAAUAAAACACGCACCGCCGCCGUGUAAAGUUCCACAGACGAUGGCGACUCGCGGUCUGCUCGGCGUGCAGACAUCUGAGUAGCGCGUUCAGGACUAGAUCAUAUAUACUCUAGAAGCAGAUCUAGAUCUGGUGGGAGAGGACAGAUAUAAUAAUCAGAGAAGGGACAGACUUAUUUGAAUCACGCAGCCUCAUCGGACUGCAUCCCACUACUUGUCCUUGCGCAUCUGUAGGAUGAUGAUGUCGGCGAGCAGGGGGACUUUAUGCUUCCUCAUCUAUGCGCUCUUGGUGCAGUGCACUGCGUCCUCUCCGCUCAGGCUGGAGUCUGCGGUGUAUGAUGAAGAUGGCACUUCAUUAGCAGACUUGGCCUUUGACUCAGAGCAGAUCGCACUCAGAAGCUCCCCAUCAGGGACGGAUGAUGUCUAUGAGAUCUUUUCUCCUCCAGAAAAACGAACGGAAAGACAUGCAGACGGGAUGUUUAAUAAAGCCUACAGACAAGCGCUGGGUCAGUUAUCAGCUCGGAAAUACCUGCAUUCUCUGAUGGCAAAACGCGUUGGAGGAGGCAGUGCUAUGGAUGAGACAGAAGCUCUGGCUAAGCGCCACUCAGACGGCGUGUUCACUGACAGCUACAGCCGCUACAGGAAGCAAAUGGCCGUGCAGAAAUAUCUGGCCGCGGUCCUCGGCAAAAGCCCUGAAGACUUAGAUUUGCACCAAUUUCUACAAGGCAUAGACUUUGGGGCGCUCCCGGAUGGGGAUGAUUUUGAGGCAUUUAUGAGGAACUGGCUGAGGCAGUUCCCUUCCAGUCUCCUGGCUUUGUGACGCAGGAGGGCAGCUUGCAGCUCGGGUGCCUUUGCUUCGACUUAAAAAAUGGCCACCAAUCUCAGAUGGCACGUUAGUGGCCCUCCAAUGCUGCACAUCACCUGCUCACACUCUUUUCAUUUCACUGGAUCACAUGACUUUCAUUCAGUUGUCACCAGGCCAUUUUUUUCUUGUUAUUUUGUCUUAGCUUCCCUAUGCAUAGUGUGUGAUCGAUAGCCGAACAGAAAUCAUAGGACACCUCGCACUUCCAAAAUUCAUCCUGUGUUUAAUGUCUGAGAGCGCCUGAAGCCUUACUUUAGAUGAAUCUUAAAUAAACAGAUCUAUUUCUUGUGUAGAUAAAUAGUAGAGUAUAAAAGAAAAUGGGGACCACAAAAGGAAUCACCAGUAUAAAUGUCAAGAAAAUAAGGUGUUGUAAGAAUUUGUAUCAAUAAAUUUUUGUAAACAACAA